GUAUUUCAUAAACUAAAUAUUAGCCCUUCACGACAUUUUGGGGACUGUGAGUUGGUAGGUUGGUAAUUGUUGCGGGCGUGAGUAGUGCCAACAAGAACAAGGUACACCCGCACGAUUUUUCGUCAAAGGGUAACAAAUAAGAAAACUGACAAACACUAUACCUUCUGAAAUAUUCUUGAAGCUCAGACUCACCAACAAAAACAACACUACCAUGUCUGAGGACUUCCAAGAGGCCUGGGAAGAUUUGAUGGGAAUUCCGGCUGACCCUCCAGCCAUGAGAGAACUUUGCGAAAAUUGUCGGAGGCCAAAACCUGUUUGUUGGUGCGCAUAUCUUCCAGCAUCUCCUUUGAUUACAAAAUGUCGUCUGGUGAUUUUGCAGCAUCCCGCAGAAGAAAAGAGGUGCUUGAGAACAGUUCCCAUGUUGUCACUUGGUCUUGCACCUGGUUUCUGCCUCAUUUUUAAAGGAAAAAAGUUUCCUCACAAUAGGCAUUCCGGUUUGGAGGAAAUAAUGACAGCGCCCAACUCUGUCCUUCUUUACCCAUCUCCUCAAUCUGUGAACUUAGCAGAAUUGCCCAAGUUACCUUCUGGUGGAUUUGAUUCGUAUAAUUUGUUUCUAUUGGAUGGAACCUGGCCACAAGCAAAGGCCAUAUAUCAUAGCAGCCCACUCUUACAUUCCAUGAGACAAGUAAAACUGCUUUCAACGGGUACCAGUGAGUAUGUGAUACGCACACAACCAACAGAGGGUUGUCUCUCAACCUUAGAGACUGCUGCCCUAGCAUUGACGAUCUUAGAAGACAGAGAAGACAUCCGUGAAAUUCUUCUGAAACCUCUGAAAGCCCUCUGUGAUUUUCAAUUAGACCAUGGUGCUGUCACUCACCAAAGUAAAGAAUUUCUUAUAAAAACUAAGACUUAUCCCAAACUAAUUGGUAAAAGACUAAAUAGACUACUUAAUGGAGUUUCUCCUAACUUAGAGGAACUAGACACUGACGAUCCUGCUCAGGAUCAGAGUAACUUUUAAAAGAACAGAGAGUUUCAAGUUUGAAAAUUCAAAUUGAAGAUAACUGAAGUAUGCAUAAAUACCAAACAAAAUAUUUUCUCCUUUGAUAUUUCGUACAUUCAGUGUUUUAGUACUUACCCAACACUGCCAUAUUGAAAUCAUUUGUGAUGUUUAAAUUGCUGAUUCUCACUUCAAGGGCAGCCAGCACCCCUUUCUCAAAUAAAAUCAUUUUUGUAAAUGACUCUUUA